CUUAUUUUUAAACAGAAGAAUGAACAAUGGAUGAGUUUAAAACAAAUUAGCUUCUGCUAACUAUGCGAGUUCGCUUUUUUGUACGGCCCGAGGUUUUUUGAUAUAGCUGCAUUCACUCAUUGUUAGGUGAUUUCCACUUUUGUGACACUUUCUUACAUUUACACUCAAAAUACAUUUAAUCUACAAAACUCUCCCCGUCAGAUAGAACAGAAUGUCCCAGGAGAGUCAGCAUGGCAAGUGGACACUGUCUGAUAGUGAUGACGACGAUAACCUAAUACCCCCGACACCCCCAAAGGAUACAAAUAAGGCAAACGUAAAGCCAGAGCAGAAAGCCAAUGCAGUUAAUACUGUUUUAAACCUAAAGCCCAAAUCUGAGCCCAACAGAGAAAACAAUGUCAAGUUUCAACCAUCCCUUAAAACCGAAAACAUAUCUGUCCCUCACAUGGGUUCUGAGGCCAGACAAGCAGCUCACUUUAAUGAGAGCGAUCCAGUAAAAUAUGAAAACAGUCCUUCACAUGAGGUUAAAAGGAAGCGAGAACCAGAUGAGGGAGGUUGGAACCUCUCAAGCAGUGAUGAAGAAGCUCCUUCAUCUGCCCCAAAAGUGAAACCUAAACAGUCAAGAUCGAGUCCCCCACGGAAAAAGACACAGGACACUCGGCCACCGAGCCCCCAUGGGGUUUCGUACUAUAAAGAGGAGCCCAGUGAUUUUUUUGAGGCGGACUUAUCUGCAAUGAAUAACAGUUACCGCUUUUAUUUAAACAAAGUCAGUGGCAUAGACAAAAAGUACAACACUGGAGCUUUGCAUAUCAAAGAAAUACUGUCUCCUAUGUUUGGCACAUUGAAGGAAUCUGUCCAGUUCAACUACUGCUUUGAUAUUCCAUGGAUGGUGCAACAGUAUCCACCAGAAUUUAGGACAAAGCCUGUUGUUAUUGUCCACGGGGAGAAGCGAGAGUCGAAGGCUCGGUUAAUCCAACAGGCUCAACCAUAUAGCCAUAUUCGCUUCUGUCAGGCCAAGCUGGAUAUUGCCUUUGGCACUCAUCAUACGAAGAUGAUGCUACUGUGGUACGAGGAGGGAUUCAGGGUCAUUAUUCUGACAUCAAACCUGAUCCGGGCUGACUGGUACCAGAAGACUCAGGGACUAUGGAUGAGUCCUCUGUACCCCAGGUUACCUGAGGGAAGCCCAGAGACAGCGGGGGAGUCUCCUACGCAUUUCAAACGGGACCUGCUGGAAUACCUGAGGGCAUACCGAGCCCCUGAGCUGGCUGAGUGGAUCGAUCGCAUCAAAGAACACGACCUGUCCGAAACCAGGAUCUACUUGAUUGGUUCCACUCCAGGAAGGUUCCAGGGACCCGACAUGGAGAAGUGGGGUCACCUAAAAUUGCGGAAGUUGCUGAGUGAAAACGCAUGUCCGGUACAGAAUAUGGAAAAGUGGCCUGUGAUUGGUCAGUUCUCCAGCAUUGGCUCUAUGGGCCUUGAUAAGACCAAAUGGCUUGCAGCAGAGUUCCAGCGCACACUGACGACACUGGGGAAGGCUGGGAACUCGUUAGGCAGUGCAGAGACACCGCUGCUUCUGGUUUAUCCUUCCGUGGAUGAUGUUCGAACAAGCUUGGAAGGCUACCCAGCUGGCGGCUCCUUACCCUACAGUAUACAGACAGCGCAGAAGCAGCUCUGGCUCCACUCUUAUUUCCACCACUGGAGGGCUGAAACAUCAGGGAGAAGCAGUGCUAUGCCCCACAUCAAAAUCUACACAAGGGCAUCACCGGACUUCUCUCAGCUGGCCUGGUUUCUUGUUACAAGUGCCAAUUUGUCCAAAGCUGCAUGGGGCGCCCUGGAGAAAAACAAUACUCAAAUGAUGGUUCGUUCCUAUGAGCUUGGAGUUCUUUACCUGCCUUCAGCCUUUAACAUGACCACAAUUCCAGUGGAGAAGAACAUCUUUCCCAUGUCUACCACCAGCACAGGUCUCCCUGUACCCUUUGAUUUGCCACCACAUCGCUACUCCAGUAGAGAUCAGCCAUGGAUAUGGAAUAUACCAUACACACAGGCGCCAGACACUCAUGGAAAUGUAUGGGUUCCAUCCUGAAAACCUCCUGAUUCUGGGAUAUUCAGAACAGACACUGUCAUUGUCUUACAGUAUUGACUGGCAUUUGUUUUUCCAUCUCUAAGCUGCAGACCUGUAGGCCAGUAGUCAUGGUGCUAAAAGAAAUGUAUAAACAAAUGUUCUUCUAAUUCUAUGGCAAACGUUUUAGAUAUUGAUGCUGUUAGAUAAUUUUUUUUAAAAUUGUUGAAACUUUGUUUGUUUGUUUUGUAGAAGGUAAUUUGCGAGUAUAUAGUAAAACAGUUUUGAAUGUAUACAGCACACAUGGGCUAUGUAAUAAACUUUUGAAUAGCAUGGGUUACCUUUUAAAGGCUUUCAACAAAACUGACAAAAUAUCAAAAUACACCAAUAAUGUUUUUUUAGAAAGUGCUGGUUUUGUGUUUGAAAAACAGUUGCAACUGAUGAGAUUGAAAUAAUCACACUCCAGCUCUACUCUGAGGGCUGAGAUUUAGUUUGCAUCCAGACCAACCAGUCAUUUCAGACACCAUUUAUUGUAAUCACUGCACAGUGAGUGUACUUUUUAAAACUUUGCUAAACGACCAAUCUAUGUAAGGGGAAACGAGGAGAAAAAUGGAUUGGGGGGGUGAGAACCUCCAGCUGGUGUUUUGGUCAGUGGGACAGUUGCUUUCAUAAUUCAUGCCCCUGUAAUACCGUAAUGUGUUUGCUGAAGAAUAUGCACCCUCCCCAUAACUGAAAUACUGAUUCAAGGAAAAUUAAUCCUGCAUGAUAGUUGUUGUUCAGUUUUAUACUGAAAAUGUUGCUUAGCAACAAGGGUGAAAAAACUUCACCCUGCGUUGAUAAUGUCAUGAUUUCCAAUGGGUUUGAUCUGUCAGGUUUUGACCAUUUUUGUUACAUCUCCUUCAACUAAGAAUAUGACAGAUCUGCAUACAUUAGCACACAAGGAGUAGAGUCCAAGACACUUGAGAAAGUAAUAUGAAUUAUGUAUGUCAGCCAAAGCCUACAUGGACCUUUCUGACAUUUGUAGAUGCUGUUUUAGGCUUUGACUAAAAUUGUGUCUUCCAUUCUAAAAAGGUCAUUGAGUAUUGAUCAGAACAUUUGGGUUAUUUCUAACCAUUGUCAUGACCGAACAACCCAGUACUGGUGUAAGGCAUGUUCCCCAGUCAGUGUGACAUUCUAGAAAGGUUACCCAGUUUUAGACUGUUUAUUCCUUAUACCAACAAUUAUUUUUUUUGGAUGAUCCUAUGAGAGCGAGUUUGCAUUUCACACAAAUUAAUAUUGGACACAAUGUGUUGUGUAUAAGCAGUGACUGCAGUUUAAAUAAAACACAUGGGCAGGGUCUGCAUCAGUGUUCACUUUAGUCUGGAAGUACUCCUGCUUUGCACAUUUUAAUGGUUUUUCCGGUCCAUGUGACCCAACUCAUCAACUAAAUAACAAGGCAUUCAUUAAUUAGUUGAAUAGAGGUAAGCUUGAGAAAGCAGAACAGUAUGUGUGAACUCUGGGACCAGGACUGGAAAACACAGGUCCUCACUGUUGAGGCGAAUCAAUUGCAAUUUAUAAUUUAAAAAGAAGAAGCAGUUCAGUACCAUGGACAGCACACAAGAACAUGUCAGGCUGUGCUGAGUGAUGUUAGUUGCGUGUAAGUUGAUACCAAUACAUUCACCAACACUGACGUGCAUUUGCCCACUUUGAGUCAAUCCUCUCUGUCAACGAGAGAACCAUGGUUCACGUGAUGACAUCACCGAUGGUCAGCAGAUGCAAAGUCUUGGUGGUAAAUCAGCAAAGAGGUUUUUCACAUGGCCAUUGAACCCUUCCGGGAGUUUCUAAGGCUGGAAGUCAGUAGAGGGCAUUCUGGCAGGCGUACACAGUGUCGUUUAAGUGCUGUUUAGAACAAUGGAUGGUUGUAUGUAUAGGUGGUAUGUAGAAGGGAGUAUGGUCAUGUGACGCUGUCGCUUCGCCAUCUGACAUCUAGCAAGCCACGGUUAAAGGAAACUUUGUGUACAGGGAACACGGGUAGCUGAGCACGGAAUGAAGUCGCAUGUUCAGCAAAGAGCUCGCCUCAAACUUCCAAAUAAUGCAGGUGUGAAUGGUGCAAAAAAAAUGAAUUGUGUGUGUA